UCGAUUAAUAACAAUAGUUAUUUGCUUAUAAUGCGGUAUAACAUGGCUAUAAUCCUCUCCGUGAUAAACUGUUAUGUUUGAACAGGUUAUCUCUAUGCUAUUUGUAGAAACGUGUAUACAGUGUUUGUCGUAUAUGUAAACACAAUCAAAUAUGGUCGGUAUCAAGAAAAAGAAAAAGUUAAUUUUAUUUUUGUCGGGGACUUUAUUCAUAGUGUGUGUAAUAGCAUUAACUGUCACACCAGAAACACGAGUUGGUGUUCGAAGUGGUCGUAACUACAAAGUGACAUUUAGGAAUUCACAUUUUAGAGAGAAACCUCUUAAAACUAUUUUACUAUGGACUCCGAUGUUCAAUCAUCCAACUGUGGAUAGUUACCGGAAGUGUCUAAGCACGUGCGAAGCUAAGUGUGUUGUGACAGACGACAAAACUCAAAUAGAAAAUGCAGACGGUGUUGAAUUUCAUCUUUCGGAUAUUUGGUCACAAUUUUGGAAGAUUGGAACAAAAUCUAUUAUAGAAUUUCCAAAAUAUAGAAGACCAGACCAGGUUUGGAUUUUAGCAAAUAUGGAGCCGCCUCCCCAUUUGUGGGGAAAUAUUCGAAUUUUUAAUGGGUUGUUUAAUUGGACGCGGUGGUACAAAUCAGACGCCGAUAUUCAUUGGCCUUAUGGUGGAGUAUACAUAUAUAAUAAAAGUGAACAAAUUGAAGCAGAAAAAGAAUUAAAAGGCAGAAAUUAUUUCAAAGAGAAAUCAAGGGAGAUGAUUCUAAGAAUUGGUAAUUGUUUUGAUGCAGGUCAGAGAUACCGUAUCAUUAAUAAACUUGAUAGAUACUUUAAUAUUGACAAAUAUGGAAAAUGUUACAAUAAAGUGUGUGGUGUAAACACUGACCCUGGGGAUGAGUCAUGUAGCAACCUAAUGAAACAGUAUAAAUUUUAUUUGGCUUUUGAAAAUGACUAUUGCACGGACUACGUCACAGAGAAAUACUGGCUUACUUUGCGAAGAAACCAAAUACCAGUUGUAAACUGGAAAACAGUAGAUCCACGAUUAGUGAUACCGAGUUCUUAUAUAAAUAUUUUUGACUUUGAUUCUAUAGAACAGUUAGCGCAUUAUCUUAAGCUAGUCAGCUCUAAUGAAACUUUGUACAAUAGUUAUUUUGACUAUAAAAAGUUUUAUACAAAUCGUCAGAGCACGUGCCAGGCUUGUUCUGUAUGUCAAGCACUACACGAUAAAGACCGACCAGCUCAAGUUUAUACAGAUUUAGAAGGAUGGGUGAAAGAUGACUCGUGCAAACUUGUUGGUCUCUUUGACAAUUUCAUGAAGAACUUCUACGGUUGGAGAUUCAUUUUAUUGGGAUUCUGAUAGCGUUUUGUUAUUGGCAACAAACAGGUGACCUACGAUGAAAGUUACACGGAGAACGCUGUCCGUAUUUUUGCGGGAACGGAUGGACGAAUGAUUGUUAUAUGUGUUCACAGAAAUCCGCUGAUAAGUUUAUUAUGCUUUUAUAGUGAGAAUGAGAUUGCAAAAACAAAUUUAAACUGUGAAGUUAAAAGUUUUUGUUAUUUAUUCAUUUAAAGUAAAUAUUUUCGUUUAAAUAUUCAAAUCAUGUAUAUUUAGUAUAAAUGUAGGUUUAUUCAAAUGUUUCUUUAAAAACUACAUGUACUUUACCAUUGGCAAGUAUGCCUUAGUCAUGUAUAUCAACAAAAUAUCAUGUACUUUUAGUCAGUUUGAUAUUUUCCUCGCUAAAAGUUGUGCUAUUUAUAGAGCUUGCGAUGUUGGGGUGGGAUUGACUAUAAUUAUAUAUUUGAUAAGGUUUACACCUUUUUUACAUUCCUCAAGUCUUUGAUAUUGUUAAUAAAUUGUUUACAAUAAAA